AUGGAAGAUGAAGAGGAGUGGCGGUGGCUGACGCUGGCGCCUCCGUGUGGGUGGCAUGGGACAUGCGUCGGGGUGACCAGGGAGCACUUGCCCCGGUCCUAUCUCUGCCACGCUGCGGCCAUGGCCCUGGGCGGCGAUGCCGAUGCCAGCGAAAACCCGACUCUCGCUUCCGAGCUCCACUACCGAUGCACAGACGGGCUGCGGGUGAAGGUGCUGGCGUGGGGCCGUCGGCCCUUUGCCGAGGACCGGCUCGCCGCCGAAGGUCGAUUCACCGAACUGUUCCUCCCCGCGCUCCGCUGCUGCGACCGACCCGUCUGCCCUCCGGCCGGUACGUCACCUUUAUCGUCAUCAUCAUUGGUUGGUUGGUUGGUUGCAUCUGAUCUAAGCUCAAUUCGUAUUUUGUCGACACGGCCCUGUGUGUGA